GUGUGCUGUAAGACACCUUUAGCGCGCUCUAGUUGAAAAGGAUCGCGGUCAUUCCUGAAUACGGGAUGAACAGAUAAUGACAAACCCCUUGUCAGCAACAGAUGCUUCAGCUGCCAGGUUUGCCCUUCAUCAUCAACAUGUCUAUUGUGGGAAACAGUUGUAAGAAAUCAAUGGUUAAUACAGUAUGCACUUUCUGCAGAUCGAUCCAUUACAGGCAUCUCUAUUGCUCGCCCAAUGCUGUGUUGCUUAGGAAAAUACUACCAAAGUUAAAUGGAUCCACAGGUUCAUUACCAUUGUCAACAACGUCUGUCAGAAAACACUUGCCCAGUGAUGGCAGUGCAAGUUCCAAACAAGUGGAAUCGUAUUCAUCAUCAUCAUCACCAUCAUCAUCGACACCAGCUGAUUCGCCAUCAGACUCCUCCCAAUUGAGAAUGAAUGCAAUCAACAUUCAGAUGCUUUCAAAAGAGCUUCAUCAGCAGAUAUUCAACUUCCAGCGCAGGAAGGCUUCAAGCAGGUCAAAGGUCAAAGAGGUUGUGGAAUCCAUUGAUGAUGAGCUCUUGGAGAAAACCAAGCAACAUCUUCAGAAGCAUGGGCUGUGGGGAAAAGAAGGUUCCGUCUUACAGGAUGUUGAUUUCAAACUUCCAAGACUCUUUGGUAGUAGCAUUGAUGAGCAUUUCCAGAUUCUUGCCAACAAGCAGAGUGUUUCCUAUCUUGACAUGGCUCAGGAACUUGCAGAAACACUCCCUCCUCCCAUGCCUGAAGACUGGAUUUUCAAAGAAGGAUGGACAAAGUAUGUUGAAAAUGAGACACCUGUUCCUGCUGAUUUUCCAGAAGACCAAAGUCUUGUCUUUGACAUGGAGUGUUGCGUUGCUGAAGGCAAUUAUCCUACAUUGGCUGUAGCAGUUUCAACAAGUGCAUGGUAUUCAUGGUGUAGUCCUCGACUGAUUGAAGAUCAUCUUUCCCUAUCUCAGAAGAUGACCCUUCCAGAUCUCAUUCCUUUAGAGACUAAGAAAGGCUCUAUUAAACCACCCAGUAAGAAAUGGACAGAGAGAUUGAUAGUUGGACAUAAUGUGAGCUUUGACAGAAGCUUUAUCAAAGAACAGUAUCUCUUGCAGGGUACAAAGACUCGUUUCCUGGACACUCUGAGCCUUCAUAUGUGUGUAUCAGGUCAGACGACCCUCCAGAGGGCGCUGUGGCAGGUCAAUGAAAGAGGGGGAGGGCGUACUGCUGCACCCUGGAUCCAGAAAAAGCACAAUAAGAAAUCCUUUGGGACUCCAGCCACUGCAUGGUUAGCAGAAAGCAGUCCUAACAAUCUAGCGGAUGUAUACAGACUGUAUAAUGAAGAUGGCAGACUACUUGAUAAGAGCAAGAGGGACACCUUUGUCACUGGGAGCAUGACUGAUAUUCGAUCAGAUUUUCAGUCUCUAAUGACAUACUGUGCUCAAGAUGUUGCUGCAACACACCAGAUUAUCAGCAAGCUUCUUCCUAUGUUUCUUGAAAGGUUCCCUCACCCUGUAACCUUUGCAGCCAUGUUAGAGAUGGGACAGGCUUACCUGCCUAUCAAUCAGAACUGGGACAGAUACCUGAGAGAUGCCCAGGAGACCUAUGACAACCUGCAACAAGAGAUGAAGCAAUCAUUGAUGCACAUUGCCAAUGAUGCUUGCAACAUGCUACAUCAGGAUAAGUACCGUGAAGACCCAUGGCUCUGGGAAUUAGAUUGGUCAGUGGAUGAUUACAGGCUCAGGAAGACCAUCCCUCAUUCAGAAAGAACAAAGAAGAAAGAUAAACAGGAGGAAUGUUCCAGGGAGAAAGAAGUGAAAGAUGAAGAGGAAGAAAGUGAGGAAGAUGCAGAAGAGACUUGCGUUGGUGAUGUACUAAAGACGGCAGAAAGGAUUCCCAAAGUAAAUCAGCAUAUGACUGGAUAUCCUGUUUGGUUCCGAGAGCUAUGCCCCAAGAAGUCUCAUGCUGACUGGUCUCCUGGACCUUCUCUGAUCAGCUCACAGACUAGGAUCACUCCCAAGCUCCUGCGUCUUACGUGGGAUGGGUAUCCAUUACACUACACCAGUAAGCAUGGGUGGGGCUACUUGGUGCCUGGCAGACCAGAGAGUAAAUAUCAACCCAGAACUGACCCUGGACCCUCCUUCCCUUUGAAGAGUCUGCAAGACAUGAUGUCUUCCCAGACUGAUAAUGUUUCCAGUGAUGACAUUGCUGAUGAAAUUACUGCAAAGGGAAUUACUUCCAAGACAUCAAGAUCACCUCCAAGUCAUAGUGGAAGACUUCCUGUCAAAGACAUCAACAUUCCAGGAUGCUGGUUCUACAAACUACCUCACAAGGAUGGAGCAGAGUUCAAUGUGGGUAAUCCCCUCGCUAAGGACUUCUUGAACAAGGUAGAGGAUGGAACCCUGGGAUCUGGGGGCGGGGCUCAGGCCAACAGGAUCCUGGAAAUCAACAAGUUCAUCUCAUUCUGGAGGAAUGCACAGAAGAGGAUUAGUUCUCAGAUGGUUGUAGGCCUUGAAAGAGGUGAUCUACCACUUUCAGUUCGGAGGAAUCCUGAUUAUGAUGAUGAUGGUUUCUACGGAGCUAUCAUUCCAAGGGUCAUCACUGCAGGAACAGUUACUAGGAGAGCUGUAGAACCAACAUGGUUGACUGCCAGUAAUGCUCGAACUGAUCGAGUAGGGAGUGAGUUGAAGUCCAUGGUCCAGUGUCCUCCGGGAUAUCAUUUUGUAGGUGCAGACGUUGACUCUCAAGAACUCUGGAUAGCAGCACUCCUUGGAGAUAAAACAUUUGCUGGUUUCCAUGGUUGUACAGCAUUUAGUUGGAUGAUGUUACAAGGGAAGAAGAGCGAAGGCACAGACAUGCAUAGUAUGACUGCUUCAACUGUUGGUAUCAGCAGAGAUCAUGCUAAGGUCAUCAACUAUGGUCGUAUCUAUGGAGCAGGAGAGAAGUUUGCCCUGAGGCUCUUAAUCCAGUUCAAUCACAGGCUAACUCAGGAUGAAGCUCGGCAGAAAGCAAGGGAUAUCUACAUAGCAACCAAAGGAAGAAGACUGUAUCAUCUUUCAGCUACUGGUCAGAGCUUAGCUGAGCAGGUUGAUUUGGAUACAGAGGAGAGUGAUGGUUGGGUUUCACUUGAAGAACUCAAGAUAUUGGCCAAGAAAUCACAAAUUAAAGAGCCAAUAUAUUCCAGCCCACAACACAUUGAGAUCACAGAUGGGAGGAAGUGGGAAGGAGGAAGUGAGUCGGCCAUGUUUAACGGGUUGGAAGAUAUAGCGCAGUCAGAGAAUCCUCAGACACCAGUCUUACAGUGCAGUAUCAGCAGAGCCCUUCAACCAGAUACAGUUAAUAAUGAGUUUUUAACAAGCCGAGUGAACUGGGUUGUACAGAGUUCAGCAGUGGACUACCUCCAUCUGAUGCUGGUGUGCAUGCGUUGGCUGUUUGAAAUGUACAACAUUGAUGGACGAUUCUGCAUCAGUAUCCACGAUGAAGUGCGUUAUCUAGUUAAGAGUGAAGAUAGAUAUCGGGCAGCCUUGGCUCUGCAAAUCACCAAUCUCCUCACCAGAGCAGUCUUUGCUUAUAACAUGGGCAUGAAUGAUCUUCCACAGUCUGUAGCAUUCUUCAGUGCUGUGGACAUUGAUACUGUAUUGAGGAAAGAAGUCACCAUGGACUGUAAGACACCAUCCAACCCUCAUGGGCUACACAAGGGAUAUGGUAUACCAAAAGGAGAGGCUUUGGACAUCUAUGAUAUCUUGAAGCUAACAAACAAUGGAUCUCUGACAAGAAUAUCAUCAACCAGCAACAAGAACCAAGAAACACACAGGGAUGGUAGACCACAUGCAGUCAAGGCAGCUGGCUGAACCUUUUCAUCAUAGAUAUAUUAACGGCUAAAGUUGGUCGUGGUACUCCUCAAAUUGGCAAUGCUACAUUGUGUCAUCUGCCUUUAUCACAGUUGAUAUAGCUUUUAUUUGUGGUUCAAAUUUUUAAAAGUUGAAAGCAAAUGUUGAUGGUGCCAUUUUUAAUUUCUCCUUUUUUUGUAAUUUAAGAAGGAUCUCAAGGCUUAUUUUUAUUUUCAGAUUACCCAUCUCAAAACAUUAAUUAUAUAAAUGAUUAAAAAAGAGAUAUAUUAAUGUUUUGUCAGUACUAUGUAUCACUUUUCUCUGUAUCUUGCACAUAUUUUUAAAAAAGUUCUUAAUCAAAAGUUGUUCAGGUAAAUGCUGUCCGCAAUCAUGAAAGGGUAAAAAAAGUAGAAUACUGUAACAAAUUAUUAUCUGCACCCAUGGAUUAACUGCGCCCCCAUUUUCUGCCUCGGCUAUGUGCAAGUUUGAUGCAAAGCUCUAUGGUUGAUAUUGCAUGGCCCUCAUUGCACUUCUCUCUAGCCCAGGUGAUAAUCUUAUCUUCCAGCGCCGGCUACCUCGCUGCCUUCACCCUCAUUGUCUUCUUUAUUCUCCGCAUCGCUUUCAGUUUGUCAAUGUUGGCUCGCCAUUGUCAGAUAAGACUUGUCCACUCGUCCGUAUGGCAUUCCUUUGGCAAGCAGCCCUUUCCUUGCUUUCCCCCCAUGUCUACAUUAUGUAGCAUAUAUGCUAUCCUGUUGACUUCAUUCUUUUUUAUUAUCACCCGUAUCAGACAUCUGAGCUGGUCAUUUACAAAACCGUA